GAUGCUGUUGUCGACUCUGUCUGCAAUUGCGCAGAGUCUGCUGAUGACACAGUCCAGAUGCACAUGAUCAGCACUUUGCUGGCCGCGGUAACCUCACAAGUGUGCGAGGUCCAUGGCCAAAGCUUGAUGCUCGCGGUGGAUACUUGCAUGAAGCUGUACCGG